AUGAGAAACGUUUUAAUUUUACUUUUAAUAAUUCAAGUUAUUCAAUCGGUCUUUGCAAUAUGCAAGGAUAAAAGUGAGCCUUCAGCUAAUAUUAGUGUAUUAAACGACUUCUCAAUUGACAUUAAAGAAAGAGUACGAUACGCAGAUAAAAAACAACUACUUUCCGCAAGGAAAUAUGCAAACACACAACUAAUGAUACAAGCUGAGAAUGUUUUCCAAAAACUAUCGUUAGGAUACAGUGGAAAUUGGCCAACUAUAAGCAAAAAACUUGAGAAAUAUAAACAACGGUGCAUUGAAUUGGGCAUAUUUGCUUUUUGCCGUGAUUUAACAGAAUAUUUGCUUUCAAAUCUAAACCCAAAACCGGAAAUAUACAUUGACAAAGCGACAAAAAACAUUUAUAACAAUAAAAUGCAUCAUUUAGAGGAAACGCAGCCCUACGAAAAAAAUUUUAUAGAAAUAAAAACAUUUAGACCUUUCGACAACAAUUCAACUGCCUCAACCAAAAUUCCAAAAAAAACCAAUGAAUUCAAACAUAUAAAUAUAAAGUUAUAUAUGAAAGAACGUCAAGAGGCUUAUGAGGGAAAAAAUGAAUUGCCUCAAAGACAAACUGAUGCAUGUUACAACUUCAAUAAUUGCAAAUUAUUAGAAAGGGGUGAAUUAAGUGAGGAUACAAUACUGUCUAUGUCGAGUGCCAUGAGAAGUUUAAUAAAAGCUUCGUUGGAAAAAAAAAAUUAUUGUUAUUCCAGUGCCCCUCAAAAUGUUUUUAAUACCACUAUGAGUAAUGUUUUUAAUGAAUUCAAAAAUUCUCUAAUUCGAGUAAUAAAUCAAGAUCUAAAUAUUUCCCCAGAUAGCCUUGUACCACAGUAUAUAUACUCAUAUUACCAUUUUGCGUGCAGAAAUGUUGAAGCUGAGUCAUCGAAACGUAACAAUGUUUAG